AUGGCUUGCUUGCUUAGCUUGCCUUUUUUUGAUAUUUGUCAGCUUGUUUUCUCGGCUUGCCUAGGCCUCCAGGAUAUUUCAGCUUGUUUCUACGGCUCACCUUUUCCCGUGACUAUGCAUUGUCCCCACUUCCUGUUGGGACGUCACUUUUCAUCGACCCCAAAAAAAACCGAAAAAAGUGGGGUUGAUGAAUAG